AUGUGUCAACUACACACAGAAACCCUCUUCUACGGAUGUUGCCACAGCGCUUUCGCGCAAACUACCUCGGAGCUCUGCAACUGUGGCAGAGAUCUGUUCAUUAUGAAAGUAGAGUGGGACCGAAUUCAGAAUUGCCCUCAUUGCGAAGCAAAGAAAGGUAGCAAAUGGACUGUCCUGAAGCACCUGACCCGUGAAGAGUUCGCUGUCAGAACCGACUCUGUGCGUCGUUUCUUGGAUUUUCGCAAGUGUCAACUUGUUGUUGCCCAGGGCGAAGGCCCCGAUUUGUUCGGUAAGGCUGCAGCUAAGAUUAUUAUACGAGAAGACUUCGAGGCUGUUGAUAGGCUGGAUUGGGACAAGGCAAGCGGCACUCCCAUUCCCCUAAACUCUCGGCGAAAGGACCACCACAUCGAUCGAUCCUACUUCAUCACUCCAGAACUCAGGAUUGUUCCAGCAGGGAAGAUCAAACCUCACCAGGACAGUUGCGGGAUAUGUCUAGGCUCUCUCACAUCAUUUGAUCCAGAAGAGAGUUGUUCAGGGCAUGGGGCACGGAAGCUUCCUUGCGGUCAUAUCUAUGGACGACAGUGCAUAGUAGAUGCACUUACCAAAUCAUUGGAGAAGAUCAAGCGAUGUCCUCACUGCCGCAAAGAAUUCAGCAUUAGCAAGGCACGGCACUACUCGAGCCGUCAUUAUUUUAUGAAGAGCAUAGAUGCCGUCGAACGGAAUAACGGGCAAACAGGAGUUCUUGCAGUCUGCGCCCUCUUCCCUCUCUUCCUUGCAGUAGCAAUAAGUAUGAAUGUAGCGCCAAAACUCAAUGUGGAUUCUGAAGACAGAGCUCGAGGAUAUUCUCGGUGGAAGAGGACUCUAUUAGCGGUGGUAAUCUUGGCAACUUGGCCCUUGGUUCAUGUUGCUUUCGCUGUACUCGCAGUUAUCGGGUACUUAAUACAAGUCCCCCACAACCACAAUCCUCCUAGUUGGCUUUUACUAGGAUUCGUGCUUGGGACUAUCGCCACGUACGCUCUGCUGACAGUGUACUUCCCUCUCCCCACAGCAUAA